GCAGCCUCGGUGUGAGCUGGCUGAAUAUCGAUUGGAAAACAACGGGCUUGUGGGAGGACUGUGAAGGGAGGCUGAGGGACACAGAGGGUGAAGGACCAACCUCCGUCCACGUUGCCAUCUUUCCCUCUGUCAUCUUCAUCUCUUCUCACGCAGGAGUGGAUGUGGCUGCCGCUUGUACGCCAGAGGAAGACAGGAGCGGAUUCAUCUUCUCAUCUAAGGAGGUCUUGAGGAAACAGAAUCGACUGCAGGACCAGGUCACGAAGGGGACGCCAUGGAAGCCCCUCUUGUCUGCCUGGAUGAGGAAUUCGAGGACCUCCGGCCCUGUCGGAUGGACGACCUGGACCCUCCGUCGCUCAACAACUCCUCAUACUCCACCACCACCACCAUGCCCCUGGCCUCCAUCACCCGUGAGGACUUCUCAGAGCUGGAGAACUUCUCUGAGAUGAUGAGCUUCAAGUCCAUGGAGGACCUGGUCAACGAGUUUGAUGAGAAGCUAAACGUCUGCUUCCACAACUACAACACCAAGACGGAGGGACUGGCGCCCAUACGCAACCAGACACACAACCAGGAGGAUGAGGAGCAGCUACAGGAUGAAGAUGUGUGGGACGCUCUGACCGACAACUACAACUCCACCUGGGACGACCCGGAUGCAGAGGGGCUCAACGGAAACAUGUCUGACCAAGAGAUCCACGAAAAAGAGGAGGAGGAGAUGAACGAGAAAAACGACAACGCCAACUGCCUGAACGACGAGCCGCUCAUCACAGCAGAUCAGGUCAUUGAAGAGAUCGUGGAGAUGAUGGAGAACUCUCCAGAUCCUGGCGAAACAGAGGAGGAGGACGAAGACGAGAGCAACCCGUCUCUGCUGGAAGAGAUCAGGCAGCUUUCGCAGGCGUCCAACAACAACUGCUCCUACGAAGGCUUGAGUCUGAUGCCCAGUUCUGCUCUGGUGGAGCUGCUGCACAGGGUGGAGGUGGCCAUCCGUGAGUUCUCCGAGGAGCUGGUCAACCAGCUGGCUCGCAGGGAAGAGCUAGAGUUCGAGAAGGAGGUGAAGAACACGUUCAUCACGGCGCUGAUGGAGGUCCAGAACAAGCAGAAGGAGCAGCGAGACAACAGCAAGCGCCGACGCAGAGACAAGGCUCUGAGCCUGCAGGGAGGCGGCACGGUGGCCGCCAUGAACACCGGCAAUACUGGGAGCAGCGGGCGCACCGAGAAGACCGGCACCAUGCCUGUGAAGCGCUUCAGCAUGGAGGGACUUUCCAACAUCCUGCAGACGGGCAUCAGACAGACCUUCGGAGGCACAGGGAACGACAAACAGUAUCUAAACACAGUUAUUCCCUACGAGAAGAAAGGCAGCCCUCCGUCAGUGGACGACCUGCAGAUGCUCACCAACAUAUUGUUUGCCAUCAAGGAGGACAGUGAGAAGGUGCCUACACUGCUAACUGACUACAUAUUAAAAGUGUUGUGUCCCACCUAAGUCCCCGCCGGAGCCUCAGGGUGACCAAGAGUCAGUGUGUGGAGCCUCAUCACCUCUGGCCGGAGCUGCAUGACCUUCCUCCUCCUCCUUCGCCAUCCACCGUGGAUUCUCACUGUCUUACUCAUCGUAUUCGACUGCCUUCCAUCGAGCUCACCUUCAUCAUCUUCAUCAUCAUCACCACCACCUCGCUCAGGCCAGAACCACCAGGAAAUGGCAGAUGUCGUAGGACACUACAGGACUUGAAGGACAUCAAACCUCCCCAUAACUGUCACGUCUUAACUCCUCCUGGGAGCUGACCUCACAGCUAAGUCAGUCGACCUGAAACACCUGCAGUGAGUCAGUUACUGUGAGAUGCCAGUCAACAGUCAGGUGGUGAACACACCAGAGCAGUUGCAACAGCAGUGAAACCGCUUUUCACUCAUGGUUCAUGCCUAAAUCCCAUGGCUUCUGAUGUGGCGCUGCCGUAGAUCCAAAUUUAGAAAUAAACAAGCACAUCAACACAUGUGGCCAGGAUUUGGAAAAUUCCUCAAAAUCCCAUCUGAUUCUGGAACACAAGAAAUCCUUCACUUCCUCUGGAAAUUCAAGCUAUUCAGAACAUGAACUGAGUAGGAAAAAAAAGUGCAGUAUUAUGAGGUGUGUUCCCUCCAGAUGAAGUCCGUGUCACGUUUCACCCGCUGCGAUGUCAUGACUCAUCCUCCCACCACCAUCCCCACCUCAGAGGUAUUUUUCUGAAUUAAAAAGCCAUGAACUCGUUUCUGCCGACUCAGCACUGUAGCUCCACGUGAACGAGAGAAACCACUACGGGUGCAGACGCUUCUUUUGUUUACUAUGUUUUGUAUUUUGUUGUCAUUUAUACCAACACUUGGUUGCAGGUUUAGUUUUGAAUUGUCUCCUGAAACGGACUGACAGGCCGCCGCCGUAUGCCGCCACCUCCCCCCUCCCCCACCGCACCUCCCUCCUCCCCCCACUGUGAGGCGAGCUCUCCCCCAGUGAAGGCAUAUAUUCUAACAUUUAUGACUUAUUUGAGACAUGUAGGUGAAUGUUACAUUGCUGAUCGCAACUUCUAAUAAACAUGAUGCCCCCACUUUG